AUGCCGCGGAAAGUGGCGGAUUUAAUAAAUAAUAGUAAUCGAUUCACCUAUUCAUAUGAGGUAACACCUGAUAUAAAGGUAGAGGAAUUAGAUAAUUUAAAUUUGCAACCAUUAUUCUUUUCUAUAACAUGGCACGCGCAUCAACAUCAGGGUAAAAAUUUAGAAAUAGCACCUUUAAAGUUAGCUAAUUACUUGAGGAGCAAACGGAAAGACGUUUUAUUGAAUGUUUCUUGCACUGAUUUAAAGAAAGACUAUUUAAAUGAAUUGUUGCAAAGUCUGCAAGAAAAAGAUAUAUGUAAUUUGUUCAUUAUUUCUGGUGAAAAAUUUGAUCCGAACAGAUCCGACUUCAAGAAUAGUUUAGAAUUAAUCGCAUAUAUAAGACAUCGUACCGGGAAUUAUUUUUGCGUUGGCUGUGCUGGAUUUCCAGGUGAUGAUAAUAAAUUGUCGCAGUUGAAAGAAAAAGUCGACGCUGGAGUGGAUUUUAUAAUAACUCAGGCGUUUUUUUCUUACGAUAUUUAUGACAAGUUUUUACAUGAAUGUAAAGACUUAAGUAUUAAUGUACCAAUCAUACCAGGUACAAAGUAUUCAAAGAUGUCAUUUCCUGAUAAGCAACAACGAAAGACAUGUUGGGAUGCUAGAGACCGAUACUGGGAGUGCUUAGAUGAUCAAAGUAUAAAAGAUGUUACUGAAAAAUCUAAAGCGUGUGUUGAGUUUAGGAAAAUAUUUGAAAAAUCAUGCCCACCUAAAUGGGUGACGCAUUUUGAUAGAAAACGAGAUUAUAAUAUAUUUAAGGAGAAAAUGCAAAAAGAGGGUUUUGAACCAAUAAAAGACAGUGAU